AGACGCACCCAAGGAGCAGGCAGUCCGCAUCCUGCAUCCAUCAGCCGCCCUGCACCAUGAGCCGGCGGAGCGUCUCGCUCCGGUUCUCGCUGCUUCUGCUGCUGCUGCCGCCAUCCCCUGUCCUGCCAGCGGACCCCGGGGCACCCGCGCCGGCCCCAGUGGAGAAGAUCUCCCUCGGUGAGGACCUGGGGUACACCAGCCAUUCCGGAGACAGUGGAGUGAACCCCUGUUGUUACUAUCCAUGCCAGCACCAGGGUAUCUGCGUCCGCUUCGGCCUUGACCGCUACCAGUGUGACUGCACCCGCACGGGCUAUUCCGGCCCCAACUGCACCAUCCCUGAGCUAUGGACCUGGCUCCGGACUACUUUGCGGCCCAGCCCCUCUUUCCUCCACUUCCUGCUGACGCAUGGCCGCUGGUUCUGGGAGUUAGUCAAUGCCACCUACAUCCGGGACAUGCUCAUGCGUCUGGUACUCACAGCGCGUUCCAACCUCAUCCCCAGCCCCCCCACCUACAAUGUAGCGCAUGACUACAUCAGCUGGGAGUCCUUCUCCAAUGUGAGCUACUAUACGCGUGUUCUGCCCUCUGUGCCCCGAGACUGUCCCACGCCCAUGGGGACCAAAGGGAAGAAGCAGUUGCCAGAUGCCGAGCUCCUGAGCCGUCGCUUCCUGCUCAGAAGGAAGUUCAUCCCUGACCCCCAAGGCAGCAACCUCAUGUUUGCCUUCUUUGCGCAACACUUCACACAUCAGUUCUUCAAAACUUCUGGCAAGAUGGGUCCUGGCUUCACCAAGGCUUUGGGCCAUGGGGUCGACCUUGGCCACAUUUAUGGAGACAAUCUGGAACGUCAGUAUCACCUGCGGCUCUUUAAGGAUGGGAAACUCAAGUACCAGGUGCUGGACGGAGAGAUGUACCCGCCAUCGGUGGAAGAGGCGCCUGUGCUGAUGCGCUACCCCCAGGGCAUCCCGCCCCAGAGCCAGAUGGCAGUGGGCCAGGAGGUGUUCGGGCUGCUUCCGGGGCUCAUGCUCUACGCCACACUCUGGUUGCGUGAGCACAACCGAGUGUGUGACCUGCUGAAGGCUGAGCACCCCACCUGGGGUGAUGAGCAGCUCUUCCAGACAGCCCGCCUCAUCCUCAUGGGGGAGACCAUCAAGAUUGUGAUCGAGGAAUAUGUGCAGCAGCUGAGUGGCUACUUCCUGAAGCUCAAGUUUGACCCGGAGCUGCUGUUAGGCACCCAGUUCCAGUACCGUAACCGAAUUGCCAUGGAGUUCAACCAGCUCUACCACUGGCACCCGCUCAUGCCCGACUCCUUCCGGGUGGGCCCCCAGAACUACAGCUACAAGCAGUUCCUGUUCAACACCUCCAUGCUGGUGGACUACGGGGUCGAGGCCCUGGUGGACGCCUUCUCUCGCCAGCCCGCGGGCCGGAUCGGCGGGGGUAGGAACAUAGACCACCGUGUCCUAUACGUGGCUGUGGAAGUCAUCAAGGAAUCGAGAGAGUUGCGGCUGCAGCCCUUCAAUGAGUACCGCAAGAGGUUUGGCAUGAAGCCCUACACCUCUUUCCAGGAGCUCACAGGAGAGAAGGAGAUGGCAGCUGAGUUGGAGGAGCUGUAUGGAGACAUCGAUGCCUUGGAGUUCUACCCAGGGCUGCUUCUUGAGAAGUGCCCUCCAAACUCCAUCUUUGGGGAGAGUAUGAUAGAAAUUGGGGCUCCUUUUUCCCUUAAGGGCCUCUUAGGGAAUCCUAUCUGUUCUCCGGAGUACUGGAAGUCGAGCACAUUUGGCGGUGAGAUGGGUUUCAACCUUGUCAAGACGGCCACGCUGAGGAAGCUGGUUUGCCUCAACACCAAGACUUGUCCCUACGUCUCCUUCCACGUGCCGGACCCCCGCCAGGAGGACGGGCCUGGAGCGGAGCGACCAUCCACAGAGCUCUGAGGGGACAGGGCAGCAGCAUUCUGGAGGGUAGAGCUUACUGCUCAUCAUUCCAGAACGCUGAGGCCAGGGUUGAUAGUCUUCAAUGUUGGGUUUCUGAUUUGGUGUUGAGAGCAUCAGGGUGGACAUUUAGAACUCUGGGUCUCUCACCACGAUCUGGAAUACUGUGGUCUUGUUUGUCGAUCUAGAAUGCUGAAUUCCUGGUGAACCAUCUAGAAUGUUAGGAGUGGUUCUCCUUCGGAAUGUCAGAACACUGGUUUCCUGGUUGAUCACCUAGAAUGUCAGAUUUCUGGUUGAUCUGGAAUACAGGCAUUCUAAAAUAUGGGACUCCUGAUGGAAUCAUCUAGAAAGUUAAGGGGUUCUUAUUUUGCGUUCUAGAAUUCUGGGUGGUCCUCCAGAGUGUUGACUUUCUGAUUGGUUAUUCAGAAUGUGGUGUUCCUGGUUGCUGAUCCAGAACAGUAGCUGGUGUGCUAGAUCUGUCCUGUCCUGAAUGUCUGGAGCAUUGAUGAUUCAUUUUCCUGUUCAGUGAGACAUCCACAGAGCAGGGGAAUCUAAUGUCUAAUGAGAAUGCAUUGCCUGAAUCUGUGCCUGCACAGAGGAGGCAAGGAGGUGGGGUGUUCUUCUUGGGACCCCAACUGAGACCCUGGUCUGAGGAUAUAGAGGGAACAGGUGGCUUUUUCCAGGCCAUUGAUUGGAAGCCACCAGAGCUCUGUCUUUGCCCAGAUCUUGACUCACGGCAGCUGUUUUUCAUGAAGUUAAUAAAGUUCUUUUUCCAAA